AUGAGUAGCCAAGAUGACAAGCCUCGAGAUGAGAAUUGUUGGGGCCUCUUGUCCUCGUCAAAGCAAACAGCAGCCUUCCCCGAUGUGCCACUGAAAUCGCAACAGAUGCUAUAUUUCGGACGAUCAUCAAAUUCGUUUGGUCAGAUAGGCAGCUCCUUGUCCCUUUCAGCCAAACAUUUUAGGCUCCAUCUUGAUUUCAACGGACGGGUGACCUUGACAGACUCGUCCACCAACGGCACAUUCCUAAACGACGAACGCCUCGAAAAGCUACAAUCUCGUAUCGUCAGUGACGGUGACACCAUCUACAUGUCGAAAGUAGAUCCUUCUCUGCCCGACUAUACUGUAAAACUGUACAAGGAGCGUAUAUCGACCCUCACACAUUCAUCCUCAUCUCCUGGACCAUCGUCAGGACUGAAACGGCCAUUCACCGCUCUAAUGGCCAAUCAGUCUGAUGACGAGGAUGUGUUUUCCGAUGGUCUGACUCAGAAGGUGGCCUCGAGUAGCAAUGAUGAGAAGAUCAAGAAGCAAAAGCAGAUGGUUGAGGAUGAGAAGGAUGAAUUAGAAGAGAUUCUAACGUGUGGGAUUUGUCAGGACUUGUUGUUUCAGGCUGUCAGUGCUGUACCUUGCUUGCAUAAUUUUUGUGGGGCUUGUUUCUCAGCGUGGAUUGAUAAAUGCAAACCUAUGGCGCCUGAAUGUCCAAAUUGUCGAACUCAAUGUAAACUCGUAAAGAAGAACCAUACUAUCGCAAGUUUAGCAGACACAUUCCUCAAGGCACAUCCUGAAAAAGCUAGACCUGCUGCAGAACAGGAAGAUAUGAAGGCUCGGAACAAGAUAGACGGAGAAAUGAAGCUUUCCAAUGAUUAUGACGCAUCAAUACAUGAUUCCGAUGAAGACUCUGCUGCUGAUGAAAUGCAAGUACAUCUACCUGAUGCAGCAGAAGCAUUCAACAAGAUCUCGUCAUUCAAUCUAAGGAAUAUCGGAGCAGCAUUCAACCACAAUAUCUUUGAAAACGUGGUCUUUCAAGAAUACCUUCGCGCUAAAAACAUGGAUGUUCCUCAGUUCUAUCAAUCUGGCAUCAACAAGUUACGAGACAAGACGUGGAAGAUUGAAAUGCUGGCUAGUACAGGGCAAGUUUAUGUGCCUCAGAGGCCUGGAUCGGCUAUUCCACCACUUGUGCAAGUUGAUCCAGAUGCAUAUGCGUGUAUAUUAUGUGCUAGUAAAAUAUUGGCUGAAAUGGCUUUCUUGUGUCGCAAAGAAACACCAAAGGCUGAGUUGCCUGAAUCGGAACGACUGUUGGUAUGGGAGGAGCUGUCGUACGGCACUGCACAAUCCACAGCAUGCUGA